AUGCCCAAAACUGAUCUCGGUGAUGUUUGUGGACGCUAUUUAUCUUCGCGUCUGUCAAAACAAACAAAUUCAUCAUUAUCAAAUGAUCAACAAUCAAUAAAACAUUUUUUAAAUCACGAAUAUAUUGCUACUGAACAUAAACGUCAUACAAUAUUAAACCAAAAAGUUUUCUUUAAAUCAUAUAGAAAAAAUCCAUUAGAUAAAUUACGUCAACGUUAUACAAUAACUCGUAAUAAUAAUAAUAAUAAUAAUAAUAAUAAUAAUAGUGAAAAUAUAAAUAAUUUAAUCAUGCCGGCUAAUAAUGAUGUUUUAUUAACUACAUUUAAUAAUAAUACAACGAAUGGUACAAAUUCAAAUCAUCAAUAUUGUUCAACAUAUGUUUCAUGUAGUAAUGGUAAUCAUUCAUCAUCUCCAUCUUCUGAAACAUCUUCCUCAUCAUCACCAUCAUCAUCAACACCAAAUAGUAAUUCAUCAUUAAUGAUGAAUUGGGAAUUAUUAAAAGAUCGUGGUUCCGGUUUAGUAAAUCUUGGUAAUACAUGUUUUAUAAAUGCAUCAUUACAAUGUUUAGCUAAUACACCACCACUUGUUCAAUGGCUUUUAUGUAAUUCUCAUUUUCAAUGUUGUCGUGUUAAAUUAGAAAAACAAUUUUGUUUAUUUUGUGAAGCUGAACGUAUUGUUAAAUUAAUACAUUCAAAAAAUACAAAUUCAUCAUUUACAUCAAAUGUUGGUGCUGCUAAUCCAAAUAAUAUUGUUCGUCGUAUAAAAGAUAUAUCAACAACAUUUAAAAUUGGUCGUCAAGAGGAUGCUAGUGAAUUUCUUAUUUGUUUAAUUGAUAAAAUUGUUGAUGCAUCAUUACGUUCAUUACAACCACCAGAACGUUUACGUCCAUCAUCUGGUACAUCAUAUGAACAAUUAUGUCAUUCACAAACAAUAUUUCAUGAUUUAUUUGGUCUUGUUUUACGUUCACGUGUUGUAUGUUCACGUUGUCGUCAUACAUCUGAUACAUUUGAAGUACAAUAUACAUGGAUUGUUGGUGUACGUAAUCAUACUGAUUUACGACAAUCAUUACAACAAUUUGUUUGUCGUGAAACAUUAUCUGGUGAAAAUUUAUAUCGUUGUAUUAAAUGUAAACAAUUAGUACAAGCUAUUAAACGAUAUACAUUACAUAAAGCAUCAAAAAUUUUAUUAAUUAAUUUAAAACGUUUUGAAUUUGGUAAAAAUUCACAUAAAUUAUCACAUCUUGUUCGUUAUCCUGAAUAUUUAAAUGUUAGUCCAUAUAUGAGUGAAGAAAAUUCCAAUGAUCAAUCAUUAAAUUAUCGUUUAUAUGCUGUUUUAGUACAUGUUGGAUCAUCUAUGCAUUCAGGACAUUAUUUUUCUUAUGUACGUUCACCAAAUAAUCGUUGGUAUAAAGCUGAUGAUACAACAAUGACACAAUGUGAUUUAAAUCAAGUUUUAACACAACAUGGUGCAUAUAUUUUAUGUUAUAUUAAAGAAACACCAUUAACAAAUAAUACAACAAAUGGUUCAUUAAUAACAACGACCACAACACCAACACCAUCAACAACGACAACAGCAAUAACUAGUAAAAUUGUUUAUCAAAAUGGAAAAUUAAAUAACAGUGAACAACAAUCAACAACAAAUAAUAAUACGUUUUUUACACCACGUCAAAUACCUGUUCAAAAUCUUUCGAAACAAGUAAAUGGACAAAAUGGAAAUAUGAAAACAAUGUCCUCAUCUUUGACAAAACCUUCAAUCGUAUCAUCUAAUACAGAAUCAACAAAUGGUGGUAGUGCUUUGUCCACUGAAAAACGAGCACCAAUUGUAAUGCGCAUUCCAAAACUUAAUUUUCUACCAACUAAGCCGGUUCCACUACAAGAUAAAUCGAUUACAAAUCCAAAUAUAAUAACACCACUCUCUUCCAAACUUGUUAAUAAACCAAACUCAAACCCAAUUGUUUUAUCAACAACAAAGAAUAGUAAUUAUACCAUAUCUCCGUCAACUUCAUUAUCAACUGUACAAUCGACUUCAUCACCAUUAAAAUUAAUCAUAAAAGCAUCUGGACCAUCAUCAACACUCAAUGGACUCGCAUCAAUUUCAAAGUCAUAUAAUCAUUAUGAUGAUGAUGAUGACGAUGAUGAUGAAGAUAAUGAUGAUUCAUCUGAUUUACAACAGCCAGCAAUUAAAAAACAACGAAUCGAUCAAUCCGAAAUAUCACCAUCCGUAUCAGAGCAUCCUUCUUCAUCUUCUAUUCCUAUUCCUAUUCAAACUUCGAUUUCGGCGUCUCUUUCUUCUCAAACAAAAUCAAUUGAUGAACAAUCAAAUAAUUCAUCAUCAUCGACAACGAAACAUAAAAAAAAGAAAAAAAAGAAAAAAUCUCAUAAACAUCAUCAUCAUCAUCAUCAUCACCAUCACAAAAAUACUCAUCAUCAUCGCAAACGAUCACGACGAGAUAGUGAUCGAAGUCAAUCACGUUCACCUAUUUUAUCAUCACCAUCACAAUUCAAUUCAUCCUCACCAUCAUUAACAACAGAUGAUCAAUAUCGACGACAUCGAAAACGUAAGAAACAUCAUCACAAACGAUAUAAUUCACCAUCACCAUCGCCAUCAUUACGCGAAUCUUUGUGA